GUUUUAGUUUCUUUCUGCUGUUAAUACAAAUUCUAUUUUGAUUAUAAAUUAAACUAUGGCCCUAUCGCGAGCUCGAGCUGAUGAACUGCCAAGUGAUGCAGUCAUCAUUUCAGAAGACCAAGCGCUGCGAUACCAGUGGAAGAUCAUAACAUCCUGGGACAAAAUCGGAGAAGUAUGGUCCCUGCGCUAUGCGCCCGGCAUACUCAGCGCCAUGGCGGCCGCAACGGGCGCCUACGUCAAUAAUCAUUACCGCAGACGCUUACAUUUGGGUGCCCAUGGUCGUCUUUCCACCUAUUUGCCCAUUGUGGUCGUGCCAGCGAUCUUCACAAUGCUGACACAUAAAUUCUUUAUACAGAGUCCUCUGCUGUUGAGGCCUUUAGCUGAGUGUCCCGUGUGUACGCAGGUCCGCAGCGCUGCCAUCCAAACGGCAUUGGGCGCGGUCUAUCCCACGAUUUUGGCUCCCUUCGCCGCCUUUAUGUUUGCCAGCAGAUGCUAUACCUAUCGAUUGCCUUCUGUAACGGAAAAUCCACGGGAAGUGUUUAUGCUGUAUCGAAAGCUAACACGCCCUAUUAUUCCUGCCCUUUCCACCAUCAUUGCGAUACAGGUAUUUUUAACUAUGUACCUGACGGGCAAGGAGGAGACGCAGAAUUAUAAUAUAAUGCUGCGCAUGAAGAAAAUUGAGCAUGAGGUGGAGGAGCAGCAUAUGCCACAACGUUUUGACUUUUAAUUAAUAUAGAAAAUAAAUUGUUUAUAAUUGUUGUACUUGAAAAAUG